CUCUCACGCACACGCCCGGCCCUCCCGGCGCGGGGCUCCGCAGCUCCGGGCCGCGCGGGCGCCGCGGAACGCGGCCCAACCCGCAUCUGCGCAACGCGCUCCCAGCAGCGCGAGCACCGCCCUGAGCGGGUCGGCAGCGCCGUGCCGUGCAGGGUUCACCAAGCUCCAGUCAUGGUCUGCAUCUGGAUGGUAUAGACCUCAGAGUCAGGAGCAGCAUUGCUUGUACUGAACCUGCUGCACUCAUCCCUUCUUAUGGUUGUGCCAGUGUCUCACUCUGUACCCACGCAAGGUGAUGGAUGGCAGAGCAGAGAUGGAGGUUGUGAGAACCAUGAAAGGAAAUGCUGCCGGGGAGGUCAGCGUUCAUGUGGUCACCACUGAGAGCACUGUGCAGACCACCCACCUGCCAACGACUGCCUUCAUCUUACCAGCAAAUGCCACUACCAUCAACCUUCCUACAAGCACCUUAGAAAUCCAGCGAUUCCCCAGGGAGCCACCAAGAAACACAGGGGCUGAGAGGCCAGAGAAGGGAGUAGGGAGCGAACCCAUCACAGCCACUGUCAUCCCCCAGAUCAGUGGGGUGCAGACCUGCAACACAGUCCGUGUGUUGGAGUGGAAAGAUGGAGUGGCUACUUUGCCUGGGAGUAACCUGAGGUUUCGAAUAAAUGAGUAUGGGACGCUGAAGGUGGUGAGUGCUGACAAGAUGCCUCCAGCAGAAGCUAUAAAGGAGGGUCAUGCGAAGAAAGAUGGGCAGUCAGAUGUGGCACCCACUAGCAGGGACAAUACUAUUGUUGCUCAGGAUGUGCCAGAGCAACCCAAACUGCCUACAGCAGAUAGCAUUUGCCACUGUGAUACCUGUGGCCGGAGACAUGUAUCAGAUGGAGCCCGGGAAGGCAGGGGUUUCUGCAGUGAGCAUUGUCACCAGCAGUUCAAAGAAAGAUCUGUCAUUGUGGAAAACUCUGCCAGCAGCACCAGUGCCACUGAAAUGCUCAAGCCAGCGAAGAAACGAAAGAGGAAGGACUACCAGAGCCCUUCGGAAGAAGACUAUGAAUCUGAGCAAAUGGAGGAAAAGCAGGAAGAGCUGAAAAACUCUGUGGGAGACACUGCCAUCAGCAAUACAGAGGCUGACACUUGGAGCCAGCACGGUACAGAGGGGCCAGGUCGGUGUUGGGGUGCCAGCGAGGAGAAGAAAGAAGGCUGGUCUUGGGCGUCCUACUUGGAGGAGCAGAAAGCUGUCGCUGCCCCUUUAGAUCUCUUCCAGGAUUACCAAGUAGCUUCCCAGCACAAGAAUGGGUUUAAAGUGGGGAUGAAGCUGGAGGGAAUUGAUCCACAGCACCCAUCCAUGUACUUUAUCCUGACGGUGGCUGAGGUAUGUGGCUAUCGGAUGCGUCUUCACUUUGACGGCUACUCUGAGUGCCAUGAUUUCUGGCUGAAUGCUGACUCCCCUGACAUCCACCCUGCUGGCUGGUUUGAAGAGACAGGACACAAACUCCAGCCUCCAAAAGGGGUUUUAGGUUAUAAGGAAGAAGAAUUCAGCUGGACAAACUACCUGAAGAUAACAAAGGCACAGGCAGCUCCUAAGCACCUCUUUGUGAUCCGAAACACUCGUGAGGCUCCCCCAGGCUUCGAAGUGGGCAUGAAGCUUGAGGCUGUGGACCGCAUGAAUCCUUCCCUGAUCUGUGUUGCCACAGUGACUGAUGUGGUGGACGAUCGCUUUUUGGUGCACUUUGACAACUGGGAUGAUACUUACGAUUACUGGUGUGACCCCAGCAGUCCAUACAUUCACCCAGUCGGAUGGUGUCAGGAGCAUGGCAAACCCCUCACACCUCCUCAAGAUUAUCCUGACCCUGAUAAUUUCACCUGGGAAAAGUACUUAAAAGAAACAGGAGCAUCUGCUGUCCCAGCUUGGGCUUUUAAAGUGCGCCCGCCCCAUGGCUUCCUCGUCAACAUGAAGCUCGAGGCAGUGGACAGGAGGACUCCUUCCCUCAUCCGAGUGGCCAGUGUGGAGGAUGUGGAAGAUCACAGGAUAAAAAUCCACUUUGAUGGUUGGAGCCACAUAUAUGAUUUCUGGAUUGAUGCAGAUCAUCCAGACAUACAUCCCAUAGGCUGGUGCUCAAAAACUGGUCAUCCACUGCAGCCUCCUCUUAGGCCAAAGGAACCAGCUUCUUCUGCUCACUCAGGCUGCCCAACCCUGGGCUGCAAGAACAUCCCUCAUACCAAGAGCUCCAAGUACAGCUUUCACCACAGGAAGUGCCCAACACCGGGUUGUGAUGGAUCAGGACACGUGACAGGGAGAUUCACAGCACACUACUGCCUCUCAGGGUGCCCACUGGCGGAGAAGAACCAGGGCAGGCUUAAGGCAGACUUGUCUGACACCGAGGCCUCAACUCGCAAGAGGAACCUGAUCGGCUUCCCUCAGCGGAAGAAAUCUCGGCACCAUGGGAGAGGGCGACCUCCAAAGUACCGGAAGAUCCAACAGGAAGACUUCCAGACUAUUUCUUCAGACAACAUGCACCAGUCGCUCUUCAUGUCUGCCCUGUCUGCCCAUCCUGACCGCUCACUAUCACUGUGUUGGGAGCAGCACUGCAAACUCCUACCAGGAGUGGCUGGCAUCACAGCAACCACAGUAGCCAAGUGGACAAUUGAUGAGGUCUUUAGCUUUGUUCAAACUCUGACGGGUUGUGAGGACCAAGCCAAGCUCUUCAGAGAUGAGAUGAUUGAUGGCGAAGCAUUCCUCUUGCUGACUCAGGCUGACAUCGUCAAGAUCAUGAGCGUUAAGCUGGGCCCGGCUCUCAAGAUCUACAAUGCCAUUCUCAUGUUCAAGAAUGCUGAUGACACCUUAAAGUGACUUUUCUUGGCCCCACUGGGACCUUCCUUCAGCACUGGUGCUGCCAAACUGCCUGGCCAGGACAGAGACCCCUCUGAGUGCCCUCAGCUUGUUGUGUCCUGCAGCAUCUCCUACAGUCUAUCUCCUGUCUCCUCCCUCACUCUUUCUCCAUGCCACCUCUCUGCUCCAGCGCUGGGCACAGACUGACCACAAGCUGCAGAGACAGGGAGUGGAUGUGGGACUGCUGUAGUGCAAAAGCUGCCCUGAUACCCCUCUGUGACUGCACCCAUUUGGGGUGUGAUCAAGGGUGGGGAAGCGGUGCAGAGGUUGUAACAGCUGGAGGCUGACAGCUCAGCUUAAGCCACCGAGGUAAGGGAAAGGACUGACUGCAUACAUGCUUGAAGGCUGGUCUUUGCUCAACAACUGGGAGACAUUUUUGUUCUUUUUUUUUUCUUGUGUUUUUCUCUGGGGGAUUAGAUACUCUAAAGGAGCUUCUGCUCACUUUGCCUUUUUGUCUUUCAGUUCUUGUGACUCAAGGCUAGAUGAUAACUUUGCUUUGUCCCUCACUGUGCCGAAAAGCAGUGGCCUCAUCUCCUGCUCUUUCUGGCAAGCAGUGUGUCCUGGCUGCAGCUCUGCCUAUGACCGUCUGUGUUUUGCUCUUUACAGAGAGGUCUGGUGGGGCUAGGGCUGGGUGACUGUAGAACAAGCUCCAUUUCCUCUUGUGCAAGCUGUCUUCAUCAGCAUCUCUGUGGGAGAAAGAGUGGUUGGUUAAAUUGUUUCCCUUUCAGCAGUUAAAAAACCCUUUGCAAGGGAGAGUCAAGCCUACUUUGGUCCAUGUUUUAAGGGCAAAGCCCUUUCUAGAGCUGAGGCAGCUGCAGAGGGCAAAAAAAUAUUCACAGGCAGAAUGAGGGCUUUGUUCCAAAGGCAUUCUUGGCCUGGCUUGAUCAGUCCUGCCAAGCUGCCUUCUCCCCCAUUUUGCCUUUGUGUGGUCCCUGGGCAUUCCUGUAUGAAGAGCAGGAUCCCUUGCUGUUCCUGGAUUUCUUCCCUUCAAAACCAAAAGGAAGUUGGUUUGUUUGUUUUUUUCCUGUUCUGCAUUUUUCUAAUAUAUGAUUUUUCCAGCAAGGAUGCAUGCACUUUGGAAAUGCUCGUGUAGCACUCUCCCCUGUAAAAGAGCAGUGUUGUGGAAGAAGACCCUUUCUUCAGAUAUUCCAUGUGUCCCCUUGGGAUGAGGCCCUGAAGCACUCACAUGGCACUCACUGUGGUCUGCCAUCCUUAUGUGCACAGCUGCUGCAGGUGGUGUUGGAGCAGCAGAGUGUCAGUGCUGCGCUGCAGGGCAGCCACAUACCCCAAGGGCUCUCCAAAGUCUGCAGCGAUGUGACCCCUUAAGUCCCACACUCGCUUUCUUUCCCAUUCCCAGGAAUGACACACCAGUAGCAAAAUAUUUUUUCCUCCUUUCCCAGUGUCCAAAGACAGAGAUGAGGUGUCUUAGCAAGUGCACCAGCAAUGUGUGGGGCAGAACUGCCUUGGGAGCCACUGUCAUACCUGAGUCAAUGUGUUCUAGGCUUCCCAUUGAAAUGUAGCAUUUUGACUCUUUAUUUCUGAAUAUUUGAGAUUGCAUUUGACCUGCUGUUGCAAUGUCUGCUGCCUGCUCUUAAUGCAGCUAGUCUGUGUAUUUAUUUAUUUUGUCAGUGCUUGGGUUUGACUAGACAGCUCUGUCAUCUUUUCAAGAACUGCACCAUGGUCUGUUGUGGAGAGAGGGUGAGUGGGAGGGGAUAUCUGUGUCCCACAGUGAACUCCUCCAGUCACUCUUGAUUUGCAGUAAAGGUCCCCAAAUUGGUCUCCAGCUAUUAGGAAGCUUUCCUGGGCCACCGUGCAUUGGGAAAGAGGAAGAGCAGUCCCAGGACCUUCAGCUGUCAGAGUCUUCAUGCAGACCACAUUGAGACAUCUUCAGGUGUGGUCUGGGAUGGAAUAGCUCCUGUUUGGCUCUUGUUACCCACGUGCAGCACUUGGUUAUUGAGCUUAUAGGGGAGCAACUUAGGAAAGAAUCCUGUUCUUAUCUACUGACUUAUGCUGUCACUCCUCCUCAUGGGGAAGUGACUAAGUGUUGGUCCUGGGUGCUAGGAGAGGAAUGUCAGAUCUGAAACCAGUGUGAAUGAUGGACAGCCUUGUUUAAAAUGGGGCUGUUCUGCAGAGCAGAGGUGCUGGUGAAUUCAGAAGAUACUUGCUGAAGAAGAACUACUCUGAUGUUGAGUGUAAUCAAGCUGUACUCUGCCUGGGCAACAGCAAAACAGGCAGAGGUGUGUGCUCCAGACUGUGCCAGCCUUCGGCAUCAGCAGGAAGCUGUGCCCAUGGGGUAAUCCUCUCCUGGGCUCUUUUGACCUCCCUGUAAGGUCUGGUGGCACAGCUUGAUCCUAGGUCCCUGCUGGGCUGGUACUCUGCCCGGGAGCAGCUGCCAGGAAAACCAGUGCCAUUGGAAAGGUGACAUGUGGAGUGAUGGUCUCUAUCACUCACUUGUCUGCUGUCUUGAGCCUCAGCCUAUGGCCUCCUAGGCUGACUCCUCUCAGCCCUCCGGGUACAAAUCUUGUGCACUGGUUUAGGUGAGAGACUCCCAGGGUCUGCAGAUUGUUAAGGGCUAUUUGCUGUUAAAGCUUAUAAGCUUUUUUUUAUUCCUUUAGAAUUGGAAACCAAGCCCAAAGCAUUGUGUGUGUGUGUGUCUGUGUGUGUGUGUGUGUAUAGGUUUUUGUGGGUACUAGUGUGGAAAAAUCACAGAACAAUGUCCUACAGUGUUGGUGUGACACUGUUUAAUUGUGGUGGUCUCAGGCCAUGGAGGUGGCCCAGGGUCUCCAGCAAUGGAUUCUCCAUUAGCAGAAGUUGUCACUGGUCCCAGGAGGGAAUCCAGGAAGAAGAAAGUUUAAAUUUAAUUUAGCAAGUCCUAUGUCUCCACAGAGCAUUGCAUGGGAGCCCCCUUUCAGAGAGCCUCAGGACCAAGGCAGAAGGACCAAAGUUUCUUUUCCUUCUCACCAGACUAAACUCCUUGCAGGGAUAUUCAGUGCCAUGUCUCUGAGAAGCUGGAGUGGACAUAGGCUGCAUUGUGCCCACGGGUUCUCUGUGGUCUUCCUGAGACAUGUGACCACAGCCAAAGUUUCUAAGUCAGCGAAGGGUUUUAAAGUCAAAUGUAUUUUUCAGUAAAGUCUCCCUUUUCCCCCUUCUCUCCCCAGAGUCUGUGCUCCCAUCAUCCAUGUUUUCUGCUUUAGCCAUAUGAGUUGUUCCACCACACACUUUGGCAUCUUCUGGGGUGACUAGUCCACUGGUGACUCUGUACACGGGCACAAUUGGAGCCUCUUGAGAAAGGUGCUUCUCCUUCCUUGUGGAAACGAGCAGCACUGUGAUGGGCUGAGGCUGAGGUCUCUGUUUCUUUGAGAACAGCCAACCUGAAGCUCAGUGAGGAGUGACUAUGUCUGCCCUAUGGGAGAACAAGUUCUCUAGGAGGGUCUAUGGCUUAGGACAUCUGCCUCCUGCAGAGGCAAAUCUGGGGACUUGGGCAAUGAAAGGAGCUGGGGAAGAAGAGGGAGCCAUGAGAUAAAUGUGGCUCGACUACUACUCUUCUGUUCCUCCUCGCUUCUUAACCUGUUGGGGAGGGACUGCUUGAUCCAUUGGGGAGGAAAAUAACUGAAGGCUACAGCCUAGCUCCAUCCCUGCGGCCCAUUUCUUCCUACUUGGGGGGAGAAAAAGGCGGAAUAUGUGGAAUAUGUGAUAUGAUAACAAAGACUUUUUGCACUUUCAUUCAUUUUGCACUUGUUUUUAUUUUUUAUUAUAUAUAUAUUUUUUUUAUAUUUGCACAUCCCCUUUGUGUUUUCAUAACAAAAAUAUUUUUGUUGUAGCCAGUGAAGCUAUUCUGAAAUUUGUGUCCUGACUAUAUAGAAGUUUAAAGG